AUGCUUAUGAUGAAUGGGAACAAAAUCCAACAUGAAGAUUAUUGCAGUUUAUGCACUAAUGUAGAGCACAGAAAGAAAAGAGGAUCCAGCCAUACCUUGGCGGACUCCCUGGUUAAGGGGCAGGAGAUGGAGGAUGAUGGAAAAAAGAGAUGGAAAGUGGUCUCCAAAGUGGUGAGUGCAGCCACUGGGAACUCAAAGGGUCCAUGGCUUAACUCGAAGUUGCAUGUGGUAGCCUUCGAUUGUAGCAAAUAUCCAACCUACGACGUCGCCAAAACCAAGCCUGAUGGGUUACUUGUCUUGGCAAUCCUCAUUAAGGCUGAGAAAGGGAAACAUAACCCGGCUUACGAACAUUUUCUUCACCAUUUGUCCAAGAUCCGCCAUGUAGGUCAAAGCACAAAUCUGACAAGCCUCAACCUUAAGGGCAUGAUGCCCCCAAACACCGUAAACAUGUUCACGUACAAUGGCUCCCUGACCACUCCCCCCUGCACCCAGAAUGUCCGCUGGAUGAUUUUUGCCAAUCUUGCCACUAUUUCUACAAAUCAGCUGGAGAAGCUACAGGACACACUCCUGGGUCACAAUGGACAACCACUUACAAGUAAUGUCCGGAAGACGAAGCCCCUCAAGAAUAGGAAAGUGAUAGCCAAUUUCCAACCUGAAGGAAAAGAACAUUCUAAAGGCAUCAAGAAUUGUUUUCAAAAGAAAAAAGCUCCCUGAGAUACUUUACUACAGUUUAAAAAGAACAUCAGAAGUAAAAGGAAGCAUUGAAGAUAACCCUCAUCAGUCACUAUCCUAGACCAUGAGCUAGAAGAUGCACGGACCAUUAUUUCUCUUGCCAGAAACAUAUUCUUUACCUUGAAUCCUUACAUAGUCACUCUCUUAUCUAUUCACAACUCCUUGGAUUUCUAGCCUUAUACACUUCCCAGAUACCUCAGUGGAACUGCUAUUGCUUAAAAUGAUCAGAUGAUGGAAUUAAAUGAUACCUGGAGAGAUUUAAUGUAGACAGAACUGAUGAUAGAAAUGGAAAUCAAUCACUUGAUGAAUAUCAAUUGUGCUAAUGGUAAUGUCUGUUUUGAUGGAUAUUAAUUCGCACCCAAUCUGCCUUUCUUUUAUGCAUUGAGAUGUAAUAAAAUUAUUUGAC